AUGUUUCUCUAUCAUCUUCAAUUAUUAAUUAAAAAAUCAGCUCGUUAUGCUUGGCGCCGUCGAAUAUGUCGAUGUUGUCCUAAAAUUAUAUUCGAACUAUUUAUUCCUGUUAUAUGUAUUCUUCUAUUAUGUCUUCUUCGUUGGAUACAUACAGCUUCACCAAAAACUAAUGAUCAAGAGUCCUUAUCUAAUGAUAUUAAACCAACUCGUAUGCAUAUACCAUCUUCGUCUAUUAUUUCAGAAGAAAAACCCAUGAAAAUCUUUAAUUAUAGUUCAGUUCAUCGAUGUCCUCCAUCGAAUAUUUUUAUUGAAAUUACUUCUAAUAAAACAUUCAAUCGUUUUAAACGUUUAUGUCCGCGAAGUAAUUUUAUUUUAUUAUCAUCAUCUGAACAAUUUAAUGGAUAUAUUUUACUUAAUGAUUCUUCACAAACACAUAGUAUAAGUUAUCGUUGUCAAUAUAAUAAUCAACAUUGGUGUCGAAAUACAAGUUUAUUAAAUAAUGAUCAAGAUUCAUUACAAAUUAAACAUCCAUCUUCAUAUUUAUGUUCACAUAUAAAUGUUCAAGAAUCGAGUCAAUUAUUAAGAGCUUACCUUGCAAUAGAAUCUCUUUUAUAUCGUCCAAUAGAAAAAUAUCAACUAACUAUUUUGACAUGGCCAUGUUCAUCAUAUGCAUUUGAUACUUUGUUUGCUUUUGCUCCACGUUUUAUACUAAUUAUUAUUCUUAUACUUAUUGAUGGAUGUAUUUUAUUUAGUUUUAAUUUUCUUUUUCAAGAAUUAAUUGAUGAAAAACAUCAAGGUAUAACUGAACUUCUUCGUUUACUUUCAAUUCGUCCUUUACUCAACAGUUUAGCUUGGUUUUUACGUGUUUUUAUAAUACAAUUAAUUAUAAGUGUAUUUUUAAUUUUGAUAUUAAAAAUAUCGUUUGAUGGAGGAAUUUAUUUAGCUUAUGUUUCAAUUUGGUUAAUUAUACCAACAAUACUUUUAUGGACUAUUCAAGUUCUUUCACGAUCUAUACUUGUUGCUCAUUUUUUUAAUAGUAUACUUAAAGCAUCACUUUGGUCAUGGUUUAUUUAUGGGCUUUCAUUCUGGUUAGCUGUUUCUUCAUCUGUAAAAUUACCAAUGGUUCUACAUCUUAUUGCUUCAGCUUGGUUACCAUUCUAUUCAAUAAAACGAAUUUUUAUUCUUUUUAUACAAAUAAAUACUGAUUUAGGACGUCGGACAUAUUUAAUAAAUGAAGUUAUUUUUAUUUGGUUAAGUAUGAUAAUUGGUAUAUUAAUAAUAUGGUUUUUAGCAUUUUAUCUUGAACAAAUUCGACCAGGUAAAUAUGGAAUACCACGUUCAUGGUUAUGGCCAUUAGAAUAUAUUCGUAAUAAAAAAAUAAAAAAACAAAAUAGACGUGAUAGUAUUAAAGUAAAUAUGAUUGAAACAUCACCAUCAUCAUCAUCAUCAAAUAAUGAAAUAACUGUUCGAAUAGAUAAUUUAACAAAAUCCUAUGGUCGAUAUAAUGCUGAACAACAAAUAGCUGUUGAUCAUAUUUCAUUCAAACUUGAAAAUUCUACAAUCUAUGGUCUUAUUGGUCAUAAUGGUGCUGGAAAAACGACAACUAUGGAAAUGAUAUGUGGUUUAUUAUCAUGUGAUUGUGGUACAAUUGAAAUUCAUGAUAAAAAUUUAUUUGAAAAUUUAUCUGAACUUCAAUCAUGUAUUGGUUAUUGUCCACAACAAGAUAUGCUUUUUCCAUAUUUAACUGUUCAAGAACAAUUAGAAUUUUAUGCUUGUAUACGAUCAAAUGGUAUUAAUAUCGAUCAUAAUCAAAUAGAAGAAUUACUUGCUAUGAUGAAUAUGAAUAAAUAUAAUCAACAAUUAUGUCAUACAUUAUCAGGAGGUAUGCAACGAAAAUUAUCAAUUUUAUGUGCAUUUGUUGGUCAAGUUAAUGUUAUAGUUUUGGAUGAACCAUCAUCAUCACUUGAUCCAGUAGCUCGUCGAAUACUUUGGUCAUGGCUUCGAGAACAUAAAAUAAAUCGAACAUUAUUAAUAUCAUCUCAUUUAUUAGAUGAAGUUGAAGAACUUUGUGAUUCAGUUAUUAUUCUUGAUUCUGGUAAAAUUCGAACACAAGGUACAAUACUUGAUCUUAAACAACAAUAUGGUCCAUCAGGUGAUCGACUUAAUUUGAAUAUAAUACCAUCAUAUAUACCAAAAGAAUGGAUUAUUGAUGAAAAUAAUCAUUGUAUACAAAUACCUAAUCGAAAACAAUUGAUUCAAGUACUUGAAAAUUUAGAAAAAGAUAAUAUUCAAUAUUCUUUAGUUAAUGUAACACUUGAUGAUAUCUUUAUUAAAUUAACUUCAUCAUCAGAAUCAUUCUCACAAGAUGAGAAUACCAUUAAAUCUCAAAUUGAUACAUUAUUUGCUUCACGAACAAAUACUAAGUCUACUCAUCUAUGGUCUCAACAAAUUUUAGCUAUUUUAAUUCGACGUGGUCAAGUACUUAUGAGACGAGCUCGUCUAUUGCCAUUGAUUAUAUUUCUUUAUUUGAUAUAUGCACUUUCACCACUUUAUAUGCCAUCAUUUGAUCCAUCAUCUGAACGAAUUCAUUAUAUCAUUUCAUCUUCUCCUGAAUUCACAAACAAAUUAAAUUUGAAAAAAUUCGAAAAUCAAUUUGCUCCAAUUUUUAAUUCAUCACAAGAAUUUCAACAAUAUCUAUUAGAAUUACCAACAUGGUCAGCAAGCCAAUAUUAUAGAAGAAAAUUAAUUGGUCUUCGAAUAAUUUCUUCCAAUUAUCUUGAAUGUUAUGUUCCAUCACCUGCUCUAUCGAACAUAAUUAGUGCAUGUAUACCAAUAUAUUCAUUGUUUUCUAAUAGAUCUAUUUCUCCAUUACAACUGAUUGGUAGAGAAAAAAGAGGACGUUUAAGUUCAAUUUCUACUUCUUCCAUGUUUCAAGAUGAUUCAAUGUUUUUUUGCAUUUAUACGUUACCACCUAGAUUUCAUUUAUCAAUUAUAUUAAUUUCACUCAUAUUAAUUAUUUCUGCAGCAUUGGUUAUUCAAGAUUAUGCAUCAGGUCUUCAUUCCUAUUCACUUGUUCAUGGUCUUCGUUCAUUAAUUCAUUGGUCUAUUAUAUUUCUCAGUGAUUUCAUUUUAUGUAUGCUAUGGCUAUUAAUUCUUAUUUUAAUAGAACGUUUUGUUCAUUCAUCAACAUUUAAUGGUAAAUUUUUUGCAUUAACACCACUUUUUUUCAUUGUAAAUCUUCCAUUUAUAUAUUUAAUUGCAAAAUUUUUUAAAGCACCAGUAUUAGGUGCAACAGUUAUUAUAUUUAUUCUUCAAGUAGCACAUAUUAUAAAUACAUUUAAAGUAUUUAUUGAACUUUUUCGUGGAUAUCGUACACUUACAAUUUUAAUACAUAUUUUACGUUGGUUACUCUUACUCGUAUUUCCAAAUGUUAAUGUAUUUACAUUAAUAGUAGCUAUUCUACGCAAGUCUUAUUGUCCAUUGGAUGAUUCAACAUUAGGAAAACAAGGAGAAGAAUUUUCACAUGAACGUUAUCCAUAUAAAAUAUUUAUUCAUACAAUGAUUUUUAUUAUUCAAUUUAUUCUUUAUUUUAUUUUACUUAUUAUUCUUGAUAUACCAAAAUUACGAUGGAUUCGAAGUAAACUUAAAGGUGAAAUAAAUCAAGAAGAAGAAGAUAAUGAUGUACAAGAAGAAAGACAUCGAAUAGAAUCAAUGACGAAUGAAGAUAGACAACGUGAAGCUUUAGUAGUUGAUAAUCUUUCAAAACAAUAUCCUAAUUCAUAUACUCCAGCUGUUAAUCGAUUAACAUUUGCCGUACCUCAUCGACAAUGUUUUGGUCUUUUAGGAUUUAAUGGAAGCGCACAUCCAACAACAGAUGGUACACUUGAAUUAUGGGCAUUUGAAAUGUAUAAAAAAUAUUCAUUUACACAUGUCUAUACAAACAAUGAAGAUUUAAUUAGGAGAGCACCUCAUAUACGUUCGUUACUUAAUAUAAAUACUGGUUUAACAGCUGAAUUAGUUCCUGCUUAUCGUGAAAAAGUUUGUAUGAAAGAAAUUGCAUAUCAAGGUGGCUUUCCUGUACCACCAUUUACUCGCUUAUAUGCACCAGCUGAUCUAAUUGGUUUUAUUGAAAAAUAUGGAUAUCCAGUUGUAGUUAAACCAACUCUUGGUUGUGCUACAUCUGGUAUUCAUUUAAUAAAAACUAAAGAUGAAUUAGAAAUAUUUCUUUCAUCAAAACUUUUUACAUAUAUUGAUAUUGAACAACGAAUGGAUUUAGUAGGUGAAUUUAUGGCUGAAGGAUAUAUGAAUGGACGUAUGUUUCAUGUUAAUGGUAUUGCUAAAAGUGGUCAAAUUAUUUAUGCAUGGCCAUUUGCUUAUCUUCAUACAUGUUUAGAUUUUUCACAGCAAGGAAAAGCUUAUGGAAAUUCAUCUAUUCCACGAUCAGACCCACUUCAUGAUCGUUUAUGUAAAACUACACAACGUCUUCUAAAUAUUUUACCGAAACCAUCCGAUAGUUUAGUAUUUCAUUUAGAAUUAUAUGAAAAUCUUGAUGAAAACCGUUUACCUGAUGAUGAUUUUGUUCUUUGUGAAAUAGCAGCACGUGCACCUGGUGGUUCAAUAACACAUCUUAUAGAUUUAUUAUCUUUUCAAAAUGAUAAAAGUCAAUCAUUUGCUCGAUUAGAUUUUCGUGCAAGUGUUUCAUUACCAAUAUCAAAAUUAAUCGAAGACAAUGAAGAAAAAGUUAUUACAGAACUUGUUAUUCCACGUCAACCAGGUAAACUUAUGUAUAUACCACGUGAAUGUCCAAUACAUAAUUUAACAUAUAUUCCAAUAGCUGAUGUUGAUAGACCAACAAUUUAUGAAAAAUUUGAUGUUAAUGGUAUGAAUGUUGCCUGCCGUUUUAUAACACAUACAAAAACAAUGAAUGAAGGACAAGAAUUAGUAGAAAAAGGUUUUCAAUGGUUUGAAAGUGUGUGUAUUAAUAUACCGUUUGAUGAACCUUGUCCAGCUACAUUAAUUAAAGAACUUCAUCGUUAUUUCCACAGAAAAAUUUUCCUGUAA